GAAAAGCUGUUUUAUAUGUUUCAGUGGUACCGUUAUAAGCGUGUUUAAGUCAAUCAAGCUCGGCGUCUGUGGAUUUUGUGAAAGAUACCGUUUCUGCGCUCCAUAUAAAUCCUUCAUGUCGAAUCCCGAAAUUAAUUCUCGUAAUAACACCAAUCUAAAACCCUAUGAUCAUGAAAUUUUUCCACGAAAAUGUAAAGUGUCUUCAAAGAUCCUGAUUAAACAGCAUUUGAAUGCCCAUUACAGAAAUAUUCAGUCCGUAAAAGCCUAUGUCGACAAUACAACACCUUAUUCAUUUUCACACAAUCCAACUACCAAGGGUUAUCUGAAGUCAUACAAAGGAGCUGAUAGAAUACCCCUUUCAACUAGACCAGAAUCAAAUAGUCUCUGUAAUCUGACCACUAUAAAUACAUUUUCAGAUGAUCCUGAAGUUGAUAGGAUUGUGAGAAGAUUUAUCCUUGAUAGUAACGAUAAACUUAUGGAACCACUUGGGUUAGGUGAGCAUCGUUCGGAAGUUGUCGGCAAUAAAAAUACAUGCGAGAAAUGUGAUUGCUCAGAUGGAGAACCUAUAAUCUUACGAAAGCUGGAUGUAGAUUGUUUUAGCACCAAAACUGCUCAUCGAAGGCAGUUAUUGAGCACUGAUGUUUUAGAUAUCCACCGGGAUAAGUUUACUAGUCCUAAACCAUUUUCUCCAAGAACAAUGAAAUCAAAUGUCUCAUCCAAACUUAUCAGUUUGCGAUGUUACAAUCCACCUAAAAGAAUUAGUCGUCGUCAGUCUGAUUCGAAAGUUUCUUUGGAUGUUAAACCUGUAAUGCACUUCAAAAAACAAGUCGGAACCUGUACAACAAAUUCAGAUAUGGAGGCAAUUGACAAUACUAAACAUGAAGAAUCGAAUACAGAUAAAGGAGAAACCACUUUCUCUCAUUUAAACAAGAGAAUAUCUAAUUAUUCUUCUAAACAUAUCCUGCCAUCUUCUCAUCACAGACGUAUUUCACAACGAAAUCGACAAAAUCAAUCGAUGUCUACUGAAUAUAUUGAUGGACUGCAUAAUUUUGGUAAAGUUAAACAGUGGCUAAACACACUACCUGGUAAUAGUACAGUCCAUAAACCAGAGAUUGCUACAUCCGCGCAAUGUGAUGAAGAGAAACUGGAAAAGUCGUUUACAGAGAAAAACGUUUAUACAGAUAAUACAGACAAACAAAUGCUGAAUAAACCAACUGGGAAUGAAGUGUCAAUUGAAAAUUUAAAAAAUGAAGUCAACUAUUUGAAAUUUAUAUCUUCUGUUACGGACGAUGUAUUAACACGUGGUGUUCUUACUGAUAAAAAUGUCAAUACUAUUCUACAUGAACAUGCAACUAUGAAUGAAUAUGGACUGUCAAAAGAUCAAAUCAAAAAUGCAAUUCAACAUAUUAGAACACAAUUAAACGUAAGGAAUGAAGUGACAACUACUACUCCAAUUACUACUAAUAUUAGUCAUUUAUUGUAUUCCAGUUCUUCAGGCUUACUAUUCCAUGAUAAUGAGACGAUGAUAAAUAAUGCUGAAAAUGAAAAGAGUCAUGUACAACAACAACGACAACACCAAAACCAGCCAACUGUCAGUUAUAAGACCGUAUUAGAUAUUAAACCAUUAUAUAGAUCUACUUCAUCAUUAUUGUCGGUACCUUGCAAUCAAAGUCAUCAGCCAAAUAAUCGUUUAUCAAUAACAACAACACCGACAACAACAACUUCGAUAACUAUUAGACCAAAUCAAAGCAUUAAUAUACCAAAAGAUGCUCAGGAAGUAUUUCAACAUUUAAUGAAUACAAAUGGUACUGAUGCAGUGGAUGGAAUAAAUAACAAUAUAUUAUUUCAACAUGAUUAUGAAUUACAAAAAGAUAAAUGUUCAGUUAAUCAACACCAGAAUGUUUAUGUGGAAAAAUUGGUUGAUAAACGGAAUCUAUCAUUAAACGGAUAUGACACUAAUGAUGAAUAUAUUGAAGUAUCUCACAAACAUCACUGUGAAAACAAAAUUAACGAAGACAUAAAAAAUUAUGAAAAUACUUUAAAUAACCAAUUUAAUGCUUUAUUGGUUUCUAAUACUACCACUAAUACAACUAUUACAAAUAAUAAUUCUGUCAAUAAUUUAACACUGUCGAAUCCACUGAAGUUAAUACAACACACAAAAUCUAAUGAAGCAUUUAAUAAUAUGCAGAUUCAAUAUAAUCCUGUAGAUGCAAAAACUCACUUGAUAAUUGAGCAUAAUGAUAAUGAUGACGAGAAUAAUGAUGAAACUAUUGAAGAAAAGCGUAAUUCACGUCAAAAUCGUGUGAAAUUUGCAUCAGAAGCUGAAUUUUUCUCACCUUCAUAUUGUAGUGAACAGGCAACUUCAAUAAGCAGUUUCACUGAUUUAUCUCAUCUAUCUAACUUUUCUACUAUUACUACUACUGCUAUCACAACAACAACAACGACAACAACUGUCAAUAUUAAUCCUAGUAUAACUGAUACUACUGAGUUUGAUCUAUACACUUCACCUGAAACGAUGACUACAAUUUUAAAUAAGUCAUCUUUACAAAUUUCCAAUUUAAACAAUGACUUCGAUAAUAUUAAUAAUUCUAAGGAAUUUUUAGAUUUAGAAACGAAAGGGGAUAAAAAUAAAGAACAAGAAACAUUAUAUAAUAGAUGAUAAUUUAUUUUGAUUAGAAACAUUAUUAUUAUAGUAGGAAAAAAAGUACAUUUGACAUAUGAUCAAUGCAAAGUUAUCUAUUUAAUUAAUUAAUUGAAUUUUUCAAGGUUAUUAUUACUUGAGACCAAUAUUUAUAUUGAAAAAUAUAUGGAUAUUUUAAAAUGUUGUUAUAAAUCUAAAUAAGUAUACAGGCAUAUUCAUUAAAAGUUAUUAACUAAUUACCAUCAUCAUCAUAUAUUCAUUUUGUCAAAAUAGGUUCACAUCAUUGAAUCAUUGAGUACAAGUGACAAAUAAGUAGUAAUGAAUAUACCUUUUAGUUGAAUAAUCAUCAUCAAUGGCAGGUGCACAUAGGCUCCAAUAUCCUUAAGGAACAAAUAGCGUAUGAACCAAUCAUUGGUUACCGGCUCUCAUGGGACUGCAUCUCCUUACGAUGCUCCACUGCCUGGUGGAUCAGACCUUCAGGUCGAAGGCUCCGGGUGUGGCCUCCUAAGAAAACCACCUGCUUCGGUUUGGGCACCCGGGCAGUAUCAUAGCCCUCACACAUAUCAUAUGAGAUUUGUGUGGCGCAUAUGUAACUGGUGUCUCCUUGUGCCAAUAUUUAUGUGUUCAAAUAAAUAAAUAAUAAACAUUAUUGGCAACUAUUUUUAUCAUCAAUAUUGUUAACAAUGUUUUAAAUAAAUAAUUAUUUGAUAAACAAAAACUAAUACUAGUAUUAAUUCUUGGAGUUCUAGUGCGAAGCCGUGACCAGUAGAGCUAGUCUGUGUCGGAUAGAGACAGGUGUCUACCACAGUACAAUGGAAGAUGGUCGCGCAAUUUCGUGGAUUGGUUGAUGUUAAACACUAACACCAUUGAAUGCCUGCUCAGUAGCCCAGUAGGUUAAGCGUUCGCGCGCGAGACUCAAGGCCCUGAGUUCGAAUCCCGCGAGCGGGAUCGUGUUUGCGCACCGCUGAGGAGUCCCAUAGUAGGACGAAACUGCCGUCCAGUGCUUCCUGGUUUUCAACGGUAGUCUAACAUCAAUCGGUUUGUGAUCUCAAUGAAAAACUAAAUUUAAAAAGCCUAUUUCAGUUUCAUUCUGUCUUUUAUUUUUAUUAAAUGUUGGGGUGAUACUAUUAUUUGUAAACAAAUUAAUCAGAUUUAGGAUAACAGCUCUUGAAGUUUAGCACGAAAUUCACUUAUGCAUUUAGCUGAAUAGUGUUUUGGCAUUAUAGAUUGUCAGUUUGUGAUGAAAAUCUUAAAUCUAAUUCCUAGCCUUAACCAUCAAUUGUAAAUCAUAAUUUUAAUUCCUCACAUUGGUUUAUAACCAUCAUUCAGUUCUAAUUAGUAGGUGGACAUUCUCAAGGUCGAUUUAGCGUCGCUCGAAGAUCGUCCAUAAAUUAUAUAUAUAUCCAAAUACUGAAUAAAGCUUUUAAUUAUCCAUCUAAAUGAAGUGUUAUUUUCUUUUAAGUAAAGCAGUGCCAACUGACCACAAUAGUCAAAGAAUACGUCUACACUUGCCUGUAUGUACAUGCAUGUACGGAAUAAACACAACCAAAUUGUUAAUGUAAAUGAUUUUGAAUAAUUGACUAGUGAAAAUAAUAACAUGCUUGUUAGUAUUAUCCAUUUAUUUCAGUUGAGUGAAUCUAUUUGGAAGUAAAUUAAUUUAGCAAAUAAAUUCGGAACACUUCAGAUAAACAAACAAUAAAAUACGUAAGAGAUUUAAUAUUAUUUCGUUUAAUGGAUGUUAAACACGAAAUUUGCAAAAGCUUAGCUUUCACUAUAGUACAUAGUAUUUCAAGGAAGCUUUCAAGUUAUGUGGCUAUUUAUAUUGAAUAGUUACUGAGUAACAAACAAUACCAUGCUUAUCUAUUUUGUAUUGAUAAUGGAAUUAAGUCGAUCAAGUUGUAGUGUGACAACUAAUUUUAAUGACUCGACUUGUGGACACUGUGGUUUAAUGUUAAUUAAUUAGAAGGCAGUUGUCAGGAUACACUGAACCUAGGUUUCGUGUUGGUUAGCCGUUUCCAGUAAGAGAUACUAGCCAACUUGAUGGCCAACUGACAAUCUGUCAGAGUGGAAUACUGAAUUAUUAUGGUUAGAAUUUCACAGAUAAAACAAUUUCCUCUGAAUAACGCAACAAAGACAUUCAAGGUUUUCUACCGAUUGUCGUCAAAUCAACUAACAUCAAAAUACUAUAUAUCCGUGUUCUAAUUACUAUAAGCACAACAGUGAUUAAAAUCUUCCAACAUAGUUUAUGAAAAUAAUUC